UGCACCAUGCGAGAGUGCUGUUCUGCGUGGAAUUGGACUGCGAGCACGGCGCGAUGUCUAUUCUGCGUGAAAUCAUGAAGUGUGAGAAGAUAUCGUAGAAGGGCGGUACGCGUGUCCUUCACCGUCGAUCACCGCCUGCGUAGGCGAAGAGAAGACUGGGAAAUGGCGAUUCACAUGCGUCGAGCUCCAACAACGGCAAGACAUCACCCUCUUCGCUUCACCGCGACGCGCUUGUGAGUCCAUGGCCCUCGACUGACCGCCAGCGCCGACUGCCCCACCACGACAAACUCUGGUCCCCCUACCACCAAGCACCCGCCCGCCAUGAACGUCGACUUCGGCGCCAUCGAGGUGCCCGGCGAGGCCAACCCGCUCACCGAGGGCAUCCUCUACCACGUGCUGCGCUCUGCCGCCUCGUCCAACCCGACGCAGAUCCAGACGGGCACCAAGCAGCUGCAGGAGUGGGAAAAGGCGCGGGGCUUCUACCCGCUGCUGCAGUCCGUCUUCCUCGACCGCUCCCUGCCCAUCGAGGUCCGCUACCUCGCCAUCAUCCAGCUCAAGAACGGCAUCGACAAGUACUGGCGGAAGACGGCCACAAAUGCCGUGAACAAGGAGGACAAAGCUACCAUACGCGCCCGUCUGCUGGAGAGUGCCGUGAGUGAAGGUGACCAGCGUCUGGCGUUGCAGAAUGCCCUCGUUGUCGCCAAGAUCGUGCGCUUCGAGUUCCCCCACGACUGGCCAGACCUGUUCCAGCAGCUGCUCCAAGUCCUCCGCGCCUCGACCGACCCCAACGCCUCCAGACUGCAGCUCCCCCGAGCUCUCCUCGUUCUGCUGUACAUCGUCAAGGAACUAUCAACAGGUCGCCUGCUUAGAACACGCCAAAACCUGCAAACUGUCACGCCCGAGAUCCUCAGCGUCCUGGGCACCAUCUACGUCAAUAAGGUGCAGAGCUGGCAGACCUUCUUCCGCGAUGGCGGCGACGACGAAGGGGGCGCUAUCGAGAGCAUCGAGAACAGCUUGCUCGCCAUCAAAAUCAUCCGACGACUGAUAAUCGCAGGCUAUGACUUCCCUGGCAGAGAGAAGGAUGUCCAAGAAUUCUGGACUCUCACUCGCACCCACUUUGGCGACUUCCUCCAAUACGUCUCGGAAGACUCACCACUCGCAUCUAGCGUCCAGAAAAUGGUUGAGAAGCAUCUCAUGCAGCUGUCCAAGCUCCACCUGAACAUGGCCGUUACUCACCCAGCUGACUUUGUCCAUCUGCCAAACUCACUAGAUCUUGUGCGCGACUACUGGAGUCUCGUCUCGAGGCUGGGCGAGACCUGGGGCUCAAAGUCUAUAGACGAUGCCAAAAUCGGUACAGAUGGCGAUGCUGAGGAUGAAGCGCCCAUAAUUGAGCGUCUGGGCCUAAAAGGUCUCCUCCUCAUACGUGCUUGCGUGAAGCUGGUCUUCUACCCCUUGCAGUCUUUCCGUUACAAGCAACAGCAGGAAAAGGAUGAGAAGACGCAGGCGACACAACUAGUCAAGUCGGAGCUUCUCACUGACGACCUUGUUCGCGAAAUGAUCUCUUCGCUUGUCACUCGCUUCUUCGUGUUCCGAGCCAGCGAUCUCCGCAUGUGGGAGGAGGAGCCCGACGAGUGGGAGAAGAUGGAAGAAGGCGCUGAGGAUUGGGAGUUUUCUAUCCGACCUUGCGCUGAGAAGCUGUUUCUAGACCUCGCAAAGAAUUUCAAAGAUUUGAUCGUCCAGCCACUUCUACAAGUCUUCUAUUCGGUCGCGACACCGGAUAAUGAGGAUAUUCUCUUCAAGGACUCGGUAUACACUGCUAUUGGUCUCGCUGCUGACAUACUGCACGAUCAGCUGGACUUUGACUCUUUCAUGACGAACACGCUGGUUGUCGAGGUUGGCAAGCAGAAACCUGGCUUCAACAUCAUCCGACGACGCAUCGCCAUCAUCAUUGCUCAGUGGAUAUCCAUCAAGAUUGCCAACGACAAGAAGCCGAUCGUGUAUCAGAUCUACCAACAUCUAUUGGACAAGAGCGAUCCAUUAAACGAUCAGGUUGUUCGAGUCACGGCAGGGAGAAAGUUCAACGACAUCGCGAAUGAGUGGGAGUUCCGCGCUGACAAUUUCCUGCCCUACGCGCCUGUCACGUUGGACAGGCUUAUGGCGCUCGUGCAAGAAGUCGAGCUCGCGGAUACGAAGAUGGCGCUGCUAAACACGAUUAGUAUUGUUGUUGAGCGACUAGAGCACCAUAUCACACCCUACGCAAACAGCAUCAUCUCCCUUCUACCGCCUCUAUGGGAACAGUCUGGCGAAGAGCAUCUCAUGAAGCAGGCCGUCCUUACCCUUCUUGCUCGCCUCACAAACGCCAUGAAAGCCGACUCGCGCUCAUUCCACAUGUCGUUUCUCCCUAUCAUCCAGAGUGCCAUCGAACCCGGGUCGGAAACACAAGUCUACCUCCUCGAAGAUGCGCUCGAUCUCUGGUCCUCGAUCAUCGCCCAAACCCCAUCCGCGCCAGAACCCACACCACCAGAGCUCCUCAAUCUACUCCAGUACCUCCUCCCCCUAUUCACCAUGGACAACGACACGCUCCGAAAAGCCAUCGAGAUCACCGAAGCCUACCUCCUGCUUGCCCCCGCCGCCGUUCUCGCCGACGACUUCCGCCCCGCCAUCCUCCAAGCCCUCGCCGACCUGCUCGGCAAUCUCAAGCCAGAAGCCAACGGCAUCAUGACACAUCUCGUGCAGUGCAUAAUCCGCGGCGCAGAGGGCGUGGGCGGCGAACAAGCCGUCAAGAUCCUCACCGCCGACCUCAUCUCCACGGGCUUCCUCGCAAAGGUCCUCGAGGGCCUACACGGCGCAUGGACACACCACCAAUCCCACGGCCCGUACCGCGAAAUGCCCUCCCGCGCCGUCGACGGCGUCGUGGAAACAGACCACUUCACCGUGCUAGCACGCAUCGGCCUCGCGUCCCCCACCGUCCUCCUCGAAGCCCUAGCAUCAGUCGGCAACGCAGAGCUCGAGUCGACGCUCGACUGGCUGCUGGAAGAAUGGUUCAGCCACAUCGAAAACAUCGGCGACGCGCCGAACAAGAAACUCAUGACCCUCGUGCUGACGCGGCUGCUGGAAACAGGCCAGCCGUGGGCGUUAUCACGGCUACAGAAUCUGUUCGUCGUGUGGACGGAUGUGCUUGCCGAGCUUCUGGACGGCAUGGAUGAUCGGAGUGUUGACUCGCUCUACUGGCCCCCCGAGCCCACGCCCUACGGCGCCACUACCCCCGCCGAACCUGAAGCUCCAGAGGACGUCCGGAAGCGCGAACUCAUCUACUCCGACCCCGUGCAUCGCAUCAAUCUCGUCGCGUUUGUGCGCGAGCAUCUCCAGCGCGCUGUGCAGGCGGCGGGCGGCGAACAGCGGUUUCAGGAGGAGUGGUUGGGGCGUGUGGAUAAGGAUGUUUUGAAGGGGUUUGGGGAGCUGGGGAUCAUGUAGGGGUAGAUGGGUAUGGAGAGGCAUGGUG